AUGAGACCUCAAAUCCUCCUCCUAACAAUCUUCCUGGCCGUCCUCCCUCUCUCGGCCAUCGCCACCGUCGGCCGGAAGUUGGCGGACGGACGCUGGGUGCCGAUCAAGGACGUGCACGAUCCACACGUCCAAGCGAUCGCCAAGUUUGCCGUCAGCAGGUUCAACAGCCGGAACCACACCGACCUGGUUUUCAAAGACAUCACAAGAGGGGAGACUCUGCAGGCCGAUGGCGGCACCAACUACUUCCUGCAUCUUCUCAUGGCCCAACCGUCGUCGCCGUGUUACGCGGCCCUUGUAUUGAGAAGCGAAGCGCAGCCUUGCAGCUUUAGUCCUUCGGGGGAGCUUUUGUCCUAUCGAAUAGGGAAUAAAGUGUAA